AUGGACUUCAGUCUAUCUCCGUUCAGCAGUAUCCAGGAGGAGACCGAGGCCCGCCUCGCUGAGAAGCGCCAGGACCUCGCCAUGCUCGGCCCGCACAUGCGCUUCAUCGCUGUCGGCCUCGACGACAUGGUGGUCCUCCUCUGGUCGAAGCUCAAAAAGGCUGCCUCUGACGAGAAGGCAGCGGAAGAGCUCGAUCGAUACCUCACCCGUCUUGGGCCCCACGUCCUCCCGCACGUCCUCGACGCGCUGACGGAGAGCGACCUUUCCCAGCCAUCGGCCAAGCAACUGGCCACCAUGCAACGGUACCUCUAG